AUGACGCAAAAACGAAAGAAUGAAAAACAAGAGCCAAAAAAGAAAAAGCUUGGAAAGAAACUAAAACCAGCCAACCACACCAAUAUUGAAUUUAAAACAAAGGGUAUAUUCAUGGCUCAUCAAAAUUUGAGAAGUGUGGAUACUCUUGAAAGUAAUUGGGUGACCAGUAGAAAUCUAGGCUUGAAUGAUAUAUUUCCGAAAUUGAAACAUUACAAUGUAAAAACUGUAGUUUCUGCAAUGAAGAGUUUAUUGGAACUUGUAACUUUGCAUCCUGUAGUUUUGAAAGUUUAUCUUGGAAAAAUUUUGAAUGAAGUGACACCAUUGAUGCUAGAUGGAAAUGAAGAAGUACAUACAGCUUUAUUUAAUUUUCUAAAUUACAGUUUACCGAGAAUUUCAUCGGCCUCAAUUACACCAUUCAUUUCACUAUUGAUGGCAUAUAUCACAAGCGGAAUGACUCACCUUAUUGGCACUGUUCGUAGAUACUCACUCAAAAUUCUUUCCAAAUUUUUAGACCACUUUCCAGUUCCUAUUGCCCAAUAUUCGGUUCGAGUCAUGCCUAAUAUUUGUUAUAUUUUCAUGCUCAGUCGAAUGGGUGUUGCUUAUAAGGGAGUCAGAUACAGAACUACUCAACAAUUGUGUGUAACGGUUUUAAAUAAUUUUCUGAGCAUACUUUUCGAAAACAACAAACUUGGAAUACCCUCAAGCAAGAGAGUGGCACAUACUCACACUCAUAACCACAUGAAAAUGAAUUUAGCAAAUACAAAUGGGUCAUCGUCUUCGACAAACUCCCUCUACUUUGCACAUGCUUCCUCAUCUGAAAAGGCACAAUUUUCUUUUGACACAAUAGCCCAAAACAAAAUUCAACUCAUGACUCAAUUACUCACUCGAAGGAUGGCAACACUCGAAAAUAUGGAGCAAAAGUCCUUGAAAUUGGAUGCAGAUCAAUUGUUGGAACUUGGAAAUGACGAUUCAAAGGAUCAAGAAGAACAAUUUGACAACAAACCUACAGAACAACCCUCUUUAAAAAAACUGUUACAAGAAGAGAUGGAUCUCAAAACAUACAAUCUAGAAGAUGAGGAAUCUAUUGCAGAAUUUUUCAAAUUGAUAUUCAUAAUUCUAGUUGAAGUUUGGAUUGAAAUUUUCGAAGAACAACGAGCUUCAGCAGCAAGCCAUCACAUCCAAACAGAAUAUGUUCUCACAAUUAUCAAAUCAGUUUUGGACAUUUCCUAUCAAUUAUUGUAUGCUUUUGAGCAUACUCAGCAAGGCACUCCCGACAGUAAGAACAUUCAUCGAAAAACCAUCAAUAAGGCUCUGAAACAAUCUCUUCAACAUUUUGUGACCAAAAUGCCAUUGCAAUUAUCGUCAAAAAUUCGUCAGAGCUCCAACAACAUUGACCGUACCAAUGCCAGUUUAUUAGCCAUGCUUUCAUUCUGUUUUGGUAAAUUCAGUUCUGAAAAGGGUUCUACCGAAAUUUCCUACAAGGAAUGGGAGUUGGUCUAUGUGAAACAAAUCACUCACUUUAUUUCAAAUGCUGAAAAUUUGAAUUUGGAAGAUGAGGAUUUUGCCAAGCUUUUAGGAUCCUUCUAUCGUAUUUACAGAUAUCUACCGCCUGCCAUAGGGGCUCAAUUAUGGAAAUCAUUGACUGCUCUCUUUAUCAAACAAGGAGCCUACUCCUCGAAACAAAAAUUAAUUUUAGAGUUCUUUGCGAGUGUUGGCUUGCAAGAUGAAUCAACCACACCACAAGCCGAUGUGAUUGAGCAAUGGGUCUCUGUAUUAAUUCCAAUGUUGUGUAAAUUGGAUGAAGAACAACAUUAUGAAAUUAGUCAACACAUUUUACAAGUGCUUCUUGCCUUGGCUAAGAAUCCAAAAUUCCAAUCUUACAUUCAAAAGUCCAUCGUUGAAGCUAUUGCUCCAUUCUUUUAUGACGAGGCAAGGCAAACAUGUGGUCCAUUCAUUCGAUUACCGAAACGAUUGCAAUCCCUUUCUCUUCAAUUGAUUUAUUAUUUUGAAUCAUUGAGUGCAGAUUUGAUGAAACAUAUUUCCAAAGCAUGUUGCAAUGUGGAACAACGACUCGAUUUUGAUUUGAUUACACAGGUGAUUGAGGUUAUUCGGCAUCACACUACAAAAUCUGAGAAACGUUUCAAACUCAAACCAUCGGUUCAUAUUAGCUUUUUAUGUACCUUGUUAUGUUUUGUUUGUUCAAACCAUGGCUCUCAUCAGAAUAGUUCGACCAAUGCAUCUACAACAACAGGUUCACAAAUUGGGCUUGUAGGAAUUGGAGAUGUCAUUCAAGAAAUUGUUGUCUCUCUACAAGAUUACUCUUCAUCAUGUUUUGACAUCAUGAAACCAUUCUUGAAGUCAACUCUUGAAAAGCAAUUGAAGGCAGAGAAAAUGAAUGUGACACUUGUGGGAGCAUUAUUGUUGAUUUCAUCCAAAUGCAUGCAAUGGUCGAAAUUGAAUGAUUCUCAAAGUUUCCACAAAGACCAUUCUGAACUUUCCGAAUUAUUGAACAACAUACUCCCUAAAAUUCUAAUUUCCUUCCUCAAGAACACACUAUUACUUCACAAACGAACAAAAUCAUCAUCGGUCAUUGCAAAGGAUUUACUGACCUCAUACCAUCCCUUGUUUGGAAAAGUCAUUGAUGAACUUGAAGCUCAAUCUUCAAAACUCGAAAUUGAUUUCAUUUUGGACAUUAUUCAUUCAUGCCUCAAAGUGGCAUUACCAUAUUAUUUUGAGGAAGAAACCAAGCCAAGCUCAAUUGAGCAGCAACAACACGCCAAUGAGAUUCACAAAGUCGAGAAUGUCGUCAAUCAAUUACAUCAACGAAUUACAACAUUUUUCAAGAGGAAUGAAUUUUCUGAUUCAACUCAUUCCACAAAGAAGAAUCAAAUCCUUGGACUCUUGAAAAUGAGUCAUUGA